UUCUUUAAGGCAUAGUUGUAACCAGAGCUUACAACAACCGUCGUAACAACACGAAACUUGGCCGUUGUCCCAAUUCACCACUAGACGGAUCUGACUUCCUGAUUCUUUUUACCCGUGGUACACAUCCGAAAUGGCGGACGCUGUAGUGAAGCCUAAAGCCAAGGCUGUCAAGAAGCCUAAGGAGAAAACUGCUGAGCCUGUACCUCUCAAAAAACGGCCCUUCAAAAGACAUGGACGUCUCUAUGCCAAAGCCAUCUUCACUGGCUACAGGCGUGGACUCCGCAACCAACAUGAACACACUGCUCUUCUCAAAAUCGAAGGUGCACGUAUAAAGCCUGACUCAGACUUCUAUGUUGGCAAGCGCUGCGUUUAUGUAUACAAGGCAAAGAACAAGACGCCGGUUCCCGGUAAGACCGGCAAGAAAACUAAAGUACGUGCUAUCUGGGGCAAGGUCACUCGUCCUCAUGGCACUAGUGGCUCAGUUCGUGCAAAGUUCAAGAGGAAUUUACCUGCCAAGGCAAUGGGCCACCGUAUCAGAAUCAUGCUCUACCCAAGUCGUGUGUAAAACUCCUCUGUACAAUAAAAAGAAAUAAAUAAAAUCCAUUUUGGUAUCCAAAUGUGUA